AUGAACCGUGUUGUUCUUAUCACUGGAGUCAAUCGGGGCAUUGGGAGAGGUCUUGCAGCACAUUAUCUCGCCCAACCGGGCACCACUGUCAUUGGAACCGUUCGGGACAACUCGUCGGAGAAAGCGAAAGAUCUCAGUAAGCUGCCAAAGGGUCGUGGCUGUGAUCUGAUUAUCGUGCCGCUCAGUGUCGACAACCCAUCAAGGGUUGCGGAGGCCGCGUCCGAAAUCCAGACACGGCAUCAUAUCGAGCACAUCGAUGUUGUCAUUGCCAAUGCAGGAAUAUGCAACCACUGGGGCCCGAUUCAGGAAAUGACUGACUUGGACGUGCUUUCUCACUUUGCAGUGAACACGCUGGGACCGCUUCGGCUGUUCACAGCCAUGGCACCGUUGCUGCAGAGAGCCAGUACUCCCAAGUUCGUUUAUAUCUCUACGCUCCUGGCCAGCAUUCAUGCGAUUGAACAAAUGCCUUCAUUAACUGCAGCUUAUGGGAUGUCGAAGGUGGCUGGGAAUUAUCUGGUUAAGAAGAUUGAUGCCGAGAAUAAGCACUUGAUAACUCUGUCGAUUGAUCCGGGACUUGUCCAAACCGAUAUGGGCAGCCGCGCUGCGCAGCUCAAUGGGUUAGAGAAGGCUCCGGUGACUGUUGAGGAUACUGUUCCGGGAAUUACACGUCAGAUUGAAGCAGCGAGCAAGUCAACGACAUCUGGCCAAUUCGUUAAUUAUAAUGGGGACUGGGUGCCCUGGUAG